AAAGUUGUACCAUAACGUUAAAUGUAUAAGUUCAGGUUGUACCAUAAAAGAAUUUGUGCUCUUAUGUUAUGGUACAACUUUAUAACUUAUACUUGUACCAUCAAAUGAAAGUACAAGUUUAAGUUGUACCAUAAAACAAUUUGACAAAAGAGUAUAGGUACAAUCUGAAGUUGUACCAUAACGUUAAAGGUACAACUUCAAGUUGUACCAUAAAGGGAAAAACCUAUAUCACCAAUACUAUAUAGCAUUAUAAAAUUCCUCACAAUAGUUUAUGGGUAGAUUAAUUUCAAUACAUUGUAUAGUAUGAUACCAACACAUACCAUAUAAGACCAGUACCACAUACCAUACAAUUCUGCUCCUUCGUGUUUACUUUAAAAAAAAGUACUGACCUAAAUGCAGUCCGCGUGGAUGAUGGAAUAUGAAAAUAUUCACGAUUAUUGAGAAUAAAGUUACUAAUUUGAUCCUCUCCACAGCCACCCGUCCUCGUCGGAGAUGGUGUUCGUCGUGGAAGGGAGCGUCACCGUUGGGUUCAUCUCCGGCUUGGACUCCAACAUCAUGUACGCCAACCAGCUGAGCAAAGGGCAGGUGAUGGUUGUUCCACAAGGUUUUCUUCAUUUCCAGCACAACAGCGGGAGUUCGUACGCCGUCCUCUUCGUCUCUUUUGCGAGCUCGGAUCCUGGCAUGCAGUUUGUUACCAGUGCGUUGUUUGGGAACCAUUUCCCGUCUUUCCUCGUGGAGAAGACUACUGAGAUUAGUCUGGUGGAAGUGCGGCAGCUCAAAGCUCGUCUUGGUGGCACUGGAUGAUAUAGAUUAUGAAUUGCAAAAUUUACACACAGACAAUUGAGACGAGGGGUUAAAAAUUUACGCACAAAGAAUUCAAAAUGACGAGGGAGUUAACGGCUUAUCAAUUGCUAUAUUUUACCAAUUUAUUAGCCUUUGAAAUUUAUAGAUUGAAAAUCAAUAAUAAUAUUACUAGAUUAAACGCUUGUGGUGAGAUAUUAUUAAGGUAAAUUUGACAGAGUGGUUAUGACGUUAGAUUUUAAAUCCAUAAAUCAUGAUUCCAGUGUAGUAACACACGAUAUCCUUUUCCAGGAUUUACUUGGCCGAGACCGGGAAGUUUCGUGUUAUCACAUUUACAGAGAGGGCAACAUGUGUGUUUAUUUCUUAGCUAGUCGGGGUCACUCCCUUCCCUUAGAUUUUCGCCUUGUUCCGAUGUAGAAUCUUGUUUUGAACUAUCUUAUCAUGUAUGACUAUCAAGAACUUUAUGAGCCUUAUCUUAUUGUGAAUGAAAACUGAGAUGUGUCGCCUUCUGAUUUGGGGGUUUUGAGUGGCUCGAGGUUUAAACAGGCUGGGAUUAAUGUUAUCUGUCUCUGCUGCUGAGAGAGGGAAACUAGUGAAGUAGUCCGAGGUAUAUAGCAAUAAAGGGUAGAGGAUGUUUGGUAAAAGUGAGUAGUUGGGGAUUUUUGGGGAAAAAAUCCUAAAAUACACAUGUUUUUAAAAAGAAAUUCAAAUACACACAUUAUGAAAAAAAUUCUCAAUCUACGUAUGUUUGGAUAUUCACCGCGGCAGAGAAAGGCGGUGAUUGCAUCACCGCAAAAGAGAAGGGCGGUGAUUGCAUCCCCGCUGUAGCUGUAGAGGAAGGCGGUGAUUGCAUCACCGCUGUAGAGAAAGACGGUGAAGGCCUGACCUGUGUCGAAAACUUUAAACGAACGUAACUUUGUGCUCGGUUAUCCGAUCAUAGCGAAAUUUUUUUUGAUUCCGCAUAAUUUUUUGAGAUCUUGCAAGUCUCAAACUGUCGUUGCCGGGUUGAUCCCGCCUUCGUCCCGAAAAAAAGUCCUUCCCAAAUGAGCCUUUUUCGAUUUCGUCAAACUUUGAACGAUCAUAACUUUGUGAUCCGCAAUCCGAAAGUCAUGAAUUUUUUUUUAUUUCACAUAACUUUUUAAGGACUACAAUUUUUAGUAAGAGAGAAUUUUCAAAAAAUGAAUUAUUUUUAGAUAU